AUGGAUCGAAGACAGCAUCCGCCGCGUCGCACCUCGCUCGCGAACCAGCUUGACGGCGCAAGCAACAAUACGGAUGGGAACGGUGAAAGUGUCUCGGGAGGCUACCCAGCAAGAUGGACGUCACACUUCCAAAAUGAUGCACAUGAGAGGGAGGCGUGGAUGGACUUCCUGCUGAGCGAUUCACGUGAGGAACAGACGCACAACCAGCAAAGUCAACCAAGCUACACAUCGGACCGUCGUUCCCAGUCGACCCACUCGUCCAGCCAUCGUCAACAUCCCUCGAGGGUCCAGUCCGACCACCCCGCCGACCACUCGCCCCUCACGCUCCCUGCUCGCCCCCUCCCGCGCGCCGACUCGUCCUCGUCAUCAUCUCGGAGCUCAGAUCGCAAGAGACGCCUUACCACGGCUGACUCGCCCAUGCGACGGCCCUCGAGCAUCAGGAUGCACAACACUCCUGCCGGAAACUCGAGCAUGGAUCCCAUCAUGCUGGAUUCUCCGCCUGUGCCCUCCAGGGCCCCGCUGCAAACUUCCGCCUCUUCACGACCCCUGCCACCGUCUUUCAAUCCCUCGCGACCUUUGCCAUCGCCGCCAUCUCUUCCUUCGCAAUCGAGCCCGGCGUCGUACAGGCGGGGCAGCGAUCUGGUCUUGCCCCCCUGGCAGCCUGAUGUUGAGGUUUCACAAUGUCCGGUGUGCACUAGGCCAUUUACCUUUCUCUUUAGAAAGCACCAUUGCAGAAAAUGUGGAAGAGUGGUGUGCUCGUCGUGCUCGCCGCAUCGCAUCACCAUCCCACGUCAGUUCAUCGUCCACCCGCCAACCGAACACCUGUUCAACACCAUCGAUCUAACAGGCGACGACGAUGCAAACAUGAUGUCGUCCUUCGGCCCGUUCCGCAACCCAGCGCUAGGUGGAGGCGAGGAGGUCCGCGUUUGCAAUCCCUGCGUCCCGGAUCCUAACUUUAGUCCACCACCCCAGUACAACCCAUCUGGUUCCUCUCGAAAUUCUUCAUACACGCAUUCAGCAAGACCAGUGUUACCUCCACCCUCACAGCCACCGACACGUACGCGUACUCACAGAUCCUCUUCCAAUGUACACGAUGGCUCGCAAACCGUUGGCCAUGGACAAACACAUCGUCCCCGUGAUACACCCAGCGACAGGAGAUUGAGCUAUCACAGCGGCGCGCUCACCGGGGAGCGUUGGAUGCCACCUCGAUCCAGUUCCAGCCAAGUCCAAGCAAUGCAUCCCCAGCAGCAGCAGCAACAAGCCCGCCCGUCCUCCUCCCGCCCAGAUCCCAACGCGCCCUCCAUCUUCGGCCUCGGCUCCGGAUCAUUCAGCAGACCCAGCAUGUUCCCCCGCCCGCUCUUCACCUCCACGACAUCCACGCCCUCGCCCGCCCUACAACCCCGCCCAAGACGCCAAAUCGCAGAAGAAGACGAAUGCCCCAUCUGCGGCGACGAACUCCCGCCUAAAUCCCCCUCCGGCGACGACUCCGCUCGCACCCAGCACAUCGAAGACUGCAUCGCCCUGCACUCGGCGUCCCCCGCGCCCGUCUCCACCAUGAGCCUCCCCACGCAGCGCACGCGCGGCAUGAGCAAUCCCGCCGGCCACAUGCACGGCACCGGCGGCGAGGGAUCGAAUCGCGCGACGGCGGCGCGCGGCAUGUUCCCGUACGUCGCGACGGAGAAGGAUUGCACGGAUAAUGAGGGGAAUGAGAUUGAGUGUAUUAUCUGCCUUGAGGACUUUGAGGCGGGGGAUAAGAUGGCCAGGCUGGUUUGCUGGUGCAAGUUCCAUGAGCAAUGUAUCAAGGACUGGUGGGAGAAGAAGGGCAGGGGCGCUUGUCCGACGCAUCAGUUGCAGGAGUGA